AAAGCUAUUGUAUAGGCCUUGUUUAUUGACAGUUGAACCGGUUCAAUGAUGGCCGUCCAUGCGGUUUAUCGGUAAAAUCUGUCAAAUCAGCACGUUGUUGUUGAAACUGAUGUAGUCCCCCGAUUCGUGAUAAAAAUAAUACAAACCUAAAAAAUUAGAAUAUACUUCAGUGUGAAAAUGGAGGAUUCAUCACUAGAUAUUGUUCCAACAAAAGCGAUGCUCUUGAAAAAGAAUCUAGUGGUCAACGAGUUUAAAGCAGUUGUUUUCGAGACACAUAAAUCAAAAAAGUCAGACAAAACCAACAGAUUUUCACAAAAGAAGCGAAGCGCGGGCGAAGAAAGGGAUGAACCAGGUGGAUUGGAUAUGAAGCGAGUGCGGCAUGAAGUUUUCAAUUUUGGUAUAUCCGGAUAUAAUUUUCAAGAUCAACAGAAAGCAAAAGUCGCCUUAGCGGUUAAGCUAGGUGCUAAACCGCCAAAAAAUGCUUAUAAAAACUACAAAGAACUACAGGUUGAAAAUAAAGAAGCUAAAGCUAAGGCUAAAGAGGAAGCCUACAUUCGGACCGUUGGAAAAAAUUCCGCUGGAUUGGCAACAGUUUCCUGCAACCAAUUGGUCAAUCGUUUCACCAAGAAGACAAAGAAGAAUAAAAACAACGUUGGCGAACUUACUAAACAUUAUGGUGUUGUUGAUCCAAAAAUACAAAAAAAGAAAAAGAAAUAAAACUCAACUUUUCUGCCAAUAAAACUAAUCAAAAAACGAUCUAAUUUUAUUCAUAUUGCCGAAAGUACAACAUAAUUAUUCGUAGCAUAUCAUUUGUUUGUUGCAUUGAAUGCACUUAUAUUUCGAAAUUCAAAUAGUCUUCUCAUUGUCACAAUAAAAGUAUGUCUAAUAUAAAAUAUUUGCAAAAAGAAAAUAUUGAACAUGUAAAAAACUAUAUAUGUUUUCUUGACAUAAAUCAUUGAAGUUUUGUCAAUCUUCAUGUGCUUGUUCUUAAUUGCUUUUUAUGUUUAGUGUGAUAAUCAUCGUAUCAAUAUAAUUUUUUCAUACUUAUUUUCAUUAAAAUAUAUAUUAUGUUUUAUUUUAUUUUA